AUUGAGCCGCCACGCACAUCGCACCUCCACAAUCUGUGCUUUUCUUCUCCUGACUGAUCUGCUUUUCAUUCGUCUCUCCGCAUUCAAUCCCCUCUCCCCACGUUGAUGUCGCCACUACGUACCUGCCGUUUGUUAUAUUCCGCAAUGGGGCGACACAGACGUCAGAUAUAGCACGUAGCACAACUUAUCCAUCCUUUGGAUUUCGGAACACUCAAUUGAAUUUGUUUGUCCAAAAUGGCACGCCAGUUUGCCAAUGUCUCGAUUUCGCCGUGGGCGAAUCCGUACAACAGCGCUGGGGCCAACACUGGAAAGAACUUCUAUGCGACUGCGACCACUCCACAACAGCAGCCAAUCUACCGGCGGAUAGUACUGCCCCCUGCCCCGAUAUUUUACCAUCCAGGCGUUGAGCAAGUGAUUGGUGAAGAUAGCGAUGGCGACGAUCAAGCAGACUCAGGAGGCGCUCCUAUCUUGCCAGAAACCCCAGAACCUCCAUCUGCUCCUGAAGCACCGCCUGAAGCACCAUCUGAAGCUCCCGAGCCGCCACCUUCACCACCGGCUGCGCCAGAUGCACCCCCUCCCACCGAGGAAGCGCCCACCCCGUCACCGCCGGUAGAUAUUGUCCCUGAAACCCCAGCAGUUGAAAUUGUACCAGAUGCACUUCCAGAGUCAAACGCGGACACGGCACCAAGUAGUGGGGAUGCAACUACGGAAGGUGAGGCCAAGGUUGAAGAUGUCAAGUAUGAACCGCCCGGUCCAAGCGAGGAUGGGGACGGGGGACCAGUUGCAGAGGCUGAUCCCCCUCCCCCGCCGCCACCGCCUGCGCCUCCAGCAGAAGACAUAGCAGCAGCACAGGAUGAACAACCUACACAAAACGCAGGCAAGAAGAAAAAGGACGAGAAGAAGAAACUGCUGUUUGGUAAGGGUAAACCUACUGCUUUUGUACGCGUCAGAGAUCCGGCCCCUGCUCCUCCACCGCCACCGCCACCAAAGGACGAAAAGAAGAAGAAGACUGAUUUAGUUGGAAUCAUCAAAAAGAAAGAGCGACGGGGCUCCAUACUCUCUGUUUCUUCGAUCGAAAAACCUACUGUCAAGGAAGAAUCGCCUGGCCCCUCCAAGAGAAGGCUCCUCAAGUCGGAUGAUUCAUGGAAGAAGAAGAGAGAUGACAAGAAGUCCAAGGGCAAGAAGGUGAGAAAAGAGGAUAGCUCAAGUGAGGAUAAAUCGAUCACUGCCGACGACGCUACGACAUCUGAAGUCCCCGAAAGCGUUGCAAGCGAAGAAUCUGCAGAGACGCCGUCGGAAGCAGUUACGAAUGACGAGGCAUCAUCACCGCCGCCAAGUGAACCUCCUAUUGAAACGGAAGAAGUCAGUGUCGGCGAAGCUAUAUCUGCUAUCGAGGAAGCGGUCAGUGACGAUGCUCCCAUCGAAGAACAGCCUCCUCCACCUACCGAGCCCAGUGCUGAGGCUCCCACUGAAAGCGCACAACCACCUCCACCAGCAGAGCCCGCAGCUGAAGCUCCAGAGCCUCCUAGCGAUGAAACGCCACCUAUUGAUGAGCCUGCAGAAGAACCGGACGAAGUUGCCUUGGAGCCGACUGCCGAGCCUGAAUCUGAACCUGCAGCGGAGCCCGAGGCGCAAGUCGAAGAGUCUAGCCAAGAAGAACCAUCUUCGGACGACACCCAGCCCGCUGUCGAGGAAUCAACACCAAUUGAAGAGCCACUCGCUAGCGAAGACGUGGCCAAGGCCGAAGAUCAAGGGGCUUCAGAAGAAGAGCCUGUAGCAGAAUCGUCAGCUACUUCCAAUGAAGCGCUUGUCACAGAGGAACCUGCGGUCGAGGAUCCAGUUGUAGUAACAGAAGCUGCUGUAGCUGAAGAGGCAUCUAAAGUCGAAGAGUUGCCUGCAGCCGAAGACGCACCUUCAGCCGAAGAAGUACCUGCAACCGAAGAGACACCUGCACCCGAAGAGACAACUGCAGCCGAAGAAGUACCCGCAGUUGAAGAAGAAAUUUCAAUUGAAGAAACACUACCUGCAGUUGAAAAGGCACCUGCGGUUGAAGAGGCCACUGCGGUUGAAGAGGCCACUGCGGUUGAAGAGGUACCUGCAGUUGAGGCAGUGCCUGCCUUGGAAGCAGAAACUGCAGUCGAGGAGGCGCCUGCGGCUGAGGAGGUUCCUGCUGCCGAAGAGUCAACUCCAGAAGCCGCGCCUACAGCUCUAGUCGAAGACACACUCAAUGAAGGAGAAGUGCAAGCUGCUGAAGAGACGACACUUGUGGAGGAGACUCCAGCCGCAGAAGACUCGCCUCCGCCAGAAGACCCUCUAGCGGCAGAGCCAGAAGCCGAGAGCGAACAGACGUCCUCCGUAGACAAGGAAGUUGUUGAGGACGAACCCAAAGAUCUUGAGGAAGCUGAGUGUGACGAGACGCCGAGCAAUGAAGUUACACCUGUUUCAGAAGGAAGCACGACUCCCGAGACUGAGACUCUUGUGGUCGUUGAAGACGUUCCUCCAGUCGAUACCACUCCAGACGAGGAAUCAACGGAAUCCCAACCCACUGAAGAGGUCAUCGAAUCCAGCAAUGUUGAGCUAGUCGCCGAUUCCCCAAAAGAAGAAAUAGUUGUCGAGGAUGUAGUAGUAACGGAGGAGGCCCAGCCUAAAGUCAUAGCCGAAGACAGGGAAGAUGCAUCUAAUCCUGCCACAGCCGAAGUGACUACGCCAGAAGGUUGUGGGGAAUGUGAAAGCCCCACGGAAGUCGCUACUCAAGAGCAAGAGACACCCGCCGAGAUAUCUACAAAUGAAACGCUGCCCGACGAGACAGAAGCUGCAACUGAGUCGAGUUUAACGACUGAGGAUAACUCACCGGAUCCAUCUAAUCCAACUGAGACCGCGACCGCGCAACUCACUGCGGAUGCCCUACAAGCCAAUCCUGAAGUGCACGCGAGCGAUCCAAUUGAGACCGAAGAUUCUACAGAUUCUCAGGAUAACGAGCCCAACAUGGAUCAAGAGGAAACAGCACCGGCUAUGGCUGAAUCUAUCUCGAAAGAAGACGAGGGCUCCGAGACUGCUACGGUUAAGGAGACCAUGUCACUGGCUGAAGGGGUUGUAAGCAGCGAUCCAUCGGACCAGUCCGAGCCGAAACCCGAGGAUGAUGAAAACGACCAUCCUCGGGCUGAUGAGUCGAACAUUACUCUCUCAGAGCCCGACGACGCUAGUACUCAAUCGAAAGGAGCCGAGAAUAUCGAGUCAUCGGAUAUCGCCAGCGUGGAGCAGAACAAUGACGAGGCCGCCGAGGACAACGAAGAAGACUUGACUGCUCCAGCCCCGGAUAAGGAAUUAGAGGAGAGCGCUGCGCCAACUGCGAUCACUGAAGCCAUCCCAACAGAAUCUUUGGAGCCAGUAUCAGAAAAGACUGGAACACCUCUCGAGAACGACAAGAAAUUAGAAGACAUUGAGACCCCAGUAAAGGCAGCAACUCCUGAAACUGAAGCUGUGAAUGAUGAGCCUCCUGUCGAACCCGACGACAUCGCUGCAGAAGAGCAUGCCAUCGAUGUCAAGCCCGCAGUACCCCAAGAGGCGGUAGUGGCCGAACCCUCAGAGACACCACACGAUGCGCCCGUUUCAUCAGACGCACCUGGAUCAGAUGGCGUUGUCAAUGCACCGAAUGACAUCGAGGAACCAAAGCAAGAGCUCAAAGAUGAACCCUUAGAGAACGAUUGCGAAGAUAUCAAGACGGUCUCGGAAGUGACGGAUGCUACUGACGCCGUCCUGAGCAACCCACAAGAUACAACUACACAUGAGCCUCUUCCUGACCAGCUAAGUGUGAUAGAGCAAAGCAACCCAGCCGAAGCGAAAACGGAUACACCACAAGAUGAAAGUCCUACAGGUACACAGGUUGACGAGGCGAGAGCAGCAGAAGCCGGUGACGCGACGGAAACUCUAGAACAGCCUUCAGGUACGUGGUUAGUUUUCUAAAAUCCCUCUUUGCGUUGGCCAAUUUUAUUGGGUUUCCCCACGCAACUAUCGAUAGGUUGAUGCAUGCGCCGCAUCGGGCUGGGACGUGUUCCAUGCUGCAUCACAGCAC